UUGGCGAUUAAAUCUUGUAAUAUUCUUCUUUUCCAUCUUUUUUCAAAGAAUGAAAUUUUCGUAGACCACACGUGUAAACCCCCGCCGAUUUUCUGUAUUUAACCCAACUCUGCUGAGUUGAAAGAACUUAAAUUUAGAUGUUUAUUUGAGCUUCACGAGUUAUAAAAUUACUAUGUUUUUCCUGAGAAUGGGUGGACUACCAAUAGAGAGCACUUCAAUGGCCAUAUCUGUGUCGCAACAUCCAAAAGAUGAAAAGUCAGCUCCUUCUACGGUCCCUGCAGAUUCAAAGCCAAAGAAGAAGAUUUGCUGUGCUUGCCCGGAGACGAAGAAACUGAGGGAUGAAUGCAUUGUGGAACAUGGUCAAUCCGCUUGUGAGAAAUGGAUUGAGGCUCAUCGUAAGUGCCUACGAGCUGAAGGCUUCAAUGUCUGAAAUUGGUUAUAGAACUAAUUCUCCCAAAAAGAAGAAAGCUGAUAUAGUUAUGUAAAAUGUCCGGUUUAUGUUGGCAUUGCGUAGAUUAAUUAGCUAAAUUCUUACAGAUUAUCUAUACAAAACAUUUUUCCGUAUUUUCAGAAUAAAGCAGGAAGAUAUUUUAAAAAAAUAUUGCUUUCUGGGACAGGAAAUAGUGCAAAUGAUUUGGUUUC